AGCAGCUCUGCUUCCUUCCUUCCUUCCUUCCUUCCUCUCCUCGGCCCGGUGUCCGCGGGACCGCGCACGACCACGACCAUUGCGUGGUGCAGCUGCAUCGGAGAGAAGAGUCGGGAGGAGAAGGUCCGGGCGGAGGCUCAGCUGCGGGAAACCAUGAGCGGGAAGGACGCGGCCGUGGAUAAGAUCAUCACAGAAGCGAUGGCCAACCCUUCGCCUGCGAAGAGCAUGGGUGACCCGGGGAUCACGCCGCUGUCACCCUCACACACUCAGCAGAGCGACACGGAGGAGAUGCAGUCCGGCCCGUCCUGCGUGGUGGUGGUAGCCAUCGACUUCGGCACCACCUCCAGCGGCUACGCCUACGCCUUCACCAAGGAGCCGGAGUGCAUCCACACCAUGAGGCGCUGGGAGGGCGGAGACCCAGGGGUGUCCAAUCAGAAGACUCCAACCACCAUCCUCCUGACUCCAGACAGGAAGUUCCACAGCUUUGGAUACGCAGCCCGGGAUUUCUACCACGACCUGGACCCCAGCGAGUCCAAACACUGGCUCUACCUGGAGAAGUUCAAGAUGAAGCUCCACACCACUGCAAACCUGUCCAUCAACACGGACCUCCACGCAGCCAACGGGAAGCGAGUGAAAGCUCUGGACAUCUUUGCUUACGCACUGGCCUUCUUCAAGGAGCAAGCAUUAAAGGAGCUGAGCGACCAGAUGGGAGCCGACUUCGACAACAACGACGUGCGAUGGGUCAUCACAGUUCCUGCCAUCUGGAAAAUGCCUGCAAAGCAGUUCAUGAGAGAAGCUGCGUAUAAGUCCGGGCUGGUGUCCCGGGAGAACCCGGAGCAGCUGAUCAUCGCCCUGGAGCCCGAGGCCGCCUCCAUCUACUGCCGCAAGCUGCGGCUGCACCAGAUGGUGGACCUGGCCACGCAGAACACCCACAACGGCUGCAGCCCCACCGACAACGCCGGGGCGGGGAUGACCCAAGUAGUGUCUCCAGGCCAUGCCAAGGAGCAUGUCCGCCGCAACCGACAGAGCCGCACCUUUUUGGUGGAAAAUGUCAUAGGGGAGCUUUGGUCGGAGCUGGAAGAAGGUGACCGGUAUGUGGUUGUGGACUGUGGCGGUGGAACCGUGGACCUGACUGUCCAUCAGAUUCGUCUUCCAGAGGGACAUCUGAAAGAGCUCUACAAGGCCUCGGGCGGACCCUACGGCUCCAUCGGGAUCGACUAUGAGUUUGAGAAGUUGCUGUGUAAGAUCUUCGGCCAGGAUUUCGUGGACCAGUUUAAGAUAAAGAGGCCGGCCGCCUGGGUGGACCUGAUGAUCGCCUUCGAGUCCCGGAAGAGAGCGGCGGCCCCCGACAGGACCAACCCCCUCAACAUCAACCUGCCCUUCUCCUUCAUCGACUACUACAAGAAGUUCCGGGGCCACAGCGUGGAGCACGCCCUGCGCAAGAGCAAUGUGGACUUCGUUAAGUGGUCGUCUCAGGGGAUGCUGAGGAUGAGUCCAGACGCCAUGAAUUCCCUCUUCAAACCCACCAUAGACCACAUCAUCCAACACCUCACCGAGCUCUUUGACAAACCCGAGGUGAACGACAUCAAGUUCCUGUUCCUGGUUGGGGGUUUUGCUGAGUCGGCGCUGCUGCAGCAGGCGGUGCAGAACAUGCUGCAGGGCCGCAGCCGCAUCAUCAUCCCCCACGACGUGGGCCUGACCAUCCUGAAGGGCGCCGUGCUGUUCGGCCUGGACCCCAGCGUCAUCAAGGUGCGGCGGUCCCCGCUCACGUACGGGGUGGGCGUGCUCAACCGCUUCGUGGAGGGCAAGCACCCGCCGGAGAAGCUGCUGGUGAAGGACGGCACGCGCUGGUGCACCGACGUCUUCGACACCUUCAUCUCCGCCGACCAGUCGGUGUCGCUGGGCGAGAGCGUGAAGCGCAGCUACACCCCGGCCAAGCCGUCCCAGCAGGUCAUCAUCAUCCACGUCUACUGCUCGGAGCGGGAGAGCGCGGGCUUCAUCAGCGAGCCGGGGGUCCGGAAGUGCGGGACGCUCCGCCUGGACGUGAGCGGCACGGAGAGCACGGCGCCGCGCCGCGAGAUCCAGACGCUCAUGCAGUUCGGCGACACGGAGAUCCGAGCCAUGGCGGUGGACGUUUCCACCGGACGCACCGUCAAAGCCAGCAUUGACUUCCUGGGCCACUAAGUAGGUGCCGGAGUUCCCGCCGGGAACGCCCGGAGCCAGCGGGAAUAAACCAGCUUGCACAUAUAACCAGAACAAGCUCGGGGCGUCUGCUGGAACCUGGUGAAUGUCCAUGAAUCUUAACGCUCAGUCGCUCUGAUUUGAAGUAUAAUGAUAGAUGUUAAAAGUAAAGCUUCAGCUUAAAUUUAGACUAACUGUAGCAUCCAUCACACAGCAACGAGUAGUCUGAGUAGAACAGGUUUGUUUGCAGUGUGUACGUCCGUCCAUCUCUGACUAGGUUUACAUGCAGUCAAUAACGCUUUCCUAACCGGAAUAUUAGCAAUAACCCGGUUACACGGCCAUGUAAAAACCCCAAUAUGAGCCCUGGGUUACUCCUUUUAAAACCUGAAUAUUGGGUCAUGUAAACACCAAACAGAAUAUCCCCAUCAAACGGAACAGGAAUUUGUUUUCUGCACAUGCUCUGUUCACAAGGAAUCCUGGUCUUUUGAGUCCAGGAAGUUCUUCUAAACACGGAGAAACCAAGACCAGGAGGAGACUAAUCACUUCAUAAAUGUAAUGAAGGAUAUGAACAUUUCUGCAUUUGUAGACGGUAGAAAGUACCGGGAUAGAAGAUUUAGAAGAAGGUGAGAGAAAAGUUGCACGAAGCAGCAUUUGUACGAACGCCAGACCAGAUCAAGCUCCGCUGGAAGACGCUGGAAAAGGCGAACUACAGGCCGAGAAACAAAACAACUUCUACUGCUGUUCAUUAUCCGCCGUGCUGCUUGAGUUUGGAUACAGGAAGAAGAAGCAGAAAUGACGGGAAUUGCGUCAUGAUGUUCUCCUGCGUCGCUGGUUUGAUUCAGAUAUCCCAAAUGAUUAAUCACCAUGUAUACAGGGAUAACCCUGUUUGCUCACGCAUGGAAACACAUUAUUCCCAAUGUUUCAGUAACCGGAACAUUGACCUUAACCGGAAUUUUGACUGCAUGUAAACGUAGUCUGUAGUUAAUUUGAUAAGGACUUUCAUAGUUAAAAUAAACAGCAACAUAUUACCCACGGUGAGAGCUUUGGCGAGUCGGGGUAAGAGCUGCAACCCUGCAGGCUGCUGUAGUUCACCGUUAUUGUUUUCUACUCUUAGCCACAAAUCUCUCCAACAUAAUUGAUAUUACAUCACAAUAUACGACUGCAGGCAAACAUGCCUCACUCUCUUUUAUCACAGCAGGUUGUGUCUAAAUGUGUUUUGUAUGAUAAAAGCAUGAAAGGUCAUUAUUAUGACCUGCUCUGAUGAAACUUUGCAUCUCUGUAGAGUUUGGAGGACCAUACCAUUGGUUUUGCAUGAUUCAGCCCUCUUACGUUUUCAACAAAAAUACUUACAAAGGAAGUAAAUUUGGCUUCAGCUUCUCCAUUCCCUGAGAGUGCAGUGACCGUCAGCUUAACAUGUCCGUGUUCUGCUCAUUUCCAGCCAGCUCACCUUUGGUCUCUGGUACCUGUAGAAUAACUUUGAGACCAGCGAUUUUCAAAAAUCUGUUGUUUUUUCUGUUCAACAAAGUUUAAGAGGCUCCCCCUAAAAACGAGCAGAGGCGGCUGAACUAUUUGUGAUGGCUUGAGUUCCUGAUGGGCGUGAGCCAAGCUUUCACCAGAUCAGCAUCAUUAAUGCUAUGUGUUCAAUUUUCAUGUUAGAAUAGAAUAGAAUACUUUAUUGUCGUUAUACACGGGUACAGUGAGAUUAAAAGCAGCAUCAGCUCUCCGGUGCAGGACAGUGCAAAGAGAUAAGAAAUAUAAGAAAUAUUAAAAGGUUAAGGUGCAUUUUGAAUGGUGAAAUCAAGACCUGAGAUCCUAUAUACAGAUAAUAACAUAACUACACAUGUGGAGAAAUAUUGCAUAUAGGCCGGGAAAAAGUAUUGUACGGUAAAAGAAACAAAAAAAAACAGUAAUGAAGACAUUCACAUAUUGUUCAGGGUGAUUAUGGCUUAAUGAAUUAUUAACCCCUCAAAUCCUUCCACGUCGAGUGCAGAAUUUGUCCAGAACCGCUUGCCCUUGCUGGCGUGAGACGUAGCAUACAGGACUGUCUCAGAAAAUUAGAAUAUUGUGAUAAAGUUCUUUAUUUUCUGUAAUGCAAUUACAAAAACAAAAAUGUCAUACAUUCUGGAUUCAUUACAAAUCAACUGAAAUAUCAGAAUCAGAAUCAGCUUUAUUGACAGUUUAGAAAAACAAUGUAUUUGACUUUGGAUACACAGGCGGCCACAGGAUGGUAUUGUGCGCCUGUUUUUCCAAGGGUAACA